UCAUCCGGAGUGAAGUUGGUCACGAGCGCGCGCUGAGAUUCCGGGUGUGGAAGUGAAAACAGAGUGGAAAAUCAUCUUCAGACUCCCGGAAAGAGGGACAAAAUGGUCAAACUGCGCUUACUGAGAUCUUGGCAGGACUUUGCCGCAACGACUUUCCUGGCCGCCGCCAUUCCCAUCACGUUCUGGUUCGAGAUAUUCGUGGUGAUACCCGAAGUGUUCCCCUGGGGCUCCUUCCUGAACAGCCUCCACUUCCUAGUUGGGAUAUUCCUGCUGUACAACAUCGUGGGCAACUGGUUGGCCGUGAUGCUGACAGACACGAGCCUCCGCGGUGAAAUUAUCCAACCGCCACAGGAUCCCGAAGAGGCCAAGGAGAAGAAUUGGAAGCUGUGCAGCGUCUGCGAAGCCUGGGCACCGCCCAGAAGUUGGCACUGCAAGACCUGCAACGUCUGCAUCCUCAAGCGGGAUCAUCACUGCCUCCUGACCAGUUGCUGCAUUGGUCAUCGCAAUCAUCGGUACUUUAUGAUGCUCCUGGUGCACCUAUUCGUGGCCACGGCGUACUCCGCCAUCUACAACACGUACUUCAUCUGGUUUCUUCACGGGCCGGAAUUCAAAACGUGGCUGUCUUUCGUCCAGAUCAUUUUUCCUCUCGCUUGGCUGCUCGUGGACACCAACACCACGCAAUACUACCUCGUGAUCUACAUCAUAGGGUUCGUGGGGUCCCUAUUCGUGGGUGUGCUGCUGUUCUACCACACGCGGAUCGUGCUGGAGGGCGCAAUUGUGGCGGAGCACGAGAAGAAGAUCCGUUGCUAUGAUUUGGGCAGGAAGAGCAACGUCGAGAACGUCCUGGGGGAAAAAUGGAGACUCGUGUGGCUGUCGCCCUCCAUCAAAAGCCCCAUUAGGCACGACGGUGUGCAUUGGGAGAAGAUGAACACGGCCAAAGACAAGUGAUCAGAGCUUUU